AUGUCGAAUGUCGAUUUACCUAGUGAUGGCCUCCUCGGCGUCGAUUAUGAUUCUAGAGCCUAUCUUCAGCAUACAUGGCCCGUGCCGGUAGAUCAGAACCCCUCCCGGUCUGACGAAGCCCACGAUCUCUCGCGCCUUCAAACCAGCGGUCACACCCUGGAACAGUCGGUGGCCCAUGACCACAAUCUGAUGGUCGACUGGCAAUUCCAACAGCUACACCACAGUCCACAUCAGCACCAGCCGCUGCCUUAUUCGCCCGAGGACCCGUCAUCCGCGCCCCAAUUUACCUCGAGCUAUGCCAUGGCCAUUCAGUCGUCCCCAGUGGAUCUCAUGUCUGCUCCUCAUGGCCAAAUGAACGCCGGCCUGCUCGAUGAUAUGGUGCCCUUCACCUAUCAUGACUUCCAGGCCGAUCUGAUGACCUUCCCACAUGGGCUUCAGGAUGUGUACCAUUCGGCCCCGCACCCUAUGCUGGAGAGCAGCUCGCCUACAGACACCUAUCUCGAGGUCCGUUCCCUUUCGAGUAGCGACAAUGGCUGGAGCACGGUCGACCACCGCCGUUCCCUCGACUUUGGUUUCCCCGAGCAGGGUGUUUUUGUCAACCCCACCCAGACUCUCCACGACCGCAGUCUCUCCGAGUCUUCAUAUUCCACUUCCUACGGCAGCUUCGUUGAUCUCGCCAAUCCCAUUAGUUCUCCCAGCUCGGAAACAAAUAUGGAAUUGCCUUAUAACCACCACCAUCACCACCACCAUGGCCACUCCCACAGCCACAGUCACUCGUUGAGCCUGUCAGGUACAUCUCCGAUAUGCAACUCUAUCAUUCCCCGCGCCAAUGAUGAGCACUCCUCCCACGGCUCCCGCUCUCCGUCUGCGGUCAGCCCUAGUGCCAUGGUCCGCCCUAUCCCAGUGCCGAUUAAGAAAUCAACCUCUCCCACGCGGUCAGCUGGAUCUCAGUCCUCUACUUCUCCUCCGAGUCGGAAACCAUCCCGCAAAAGCCCAAUAGCCGCCAAGACUGCCGAGACCAAGGUCCGCAAGCAAUCUCAGAACGGCAAGCCCGAGACUGAGAAGCGAGUCGGCAAGCGAAAGGGUCCUCUGAAGCCCGACCAACGAAAGCAGGCCAGCGAGAUUCGCAAGCUUCGUGCAUGCUUGCGAUGCAAGUUCCUCAAGAAGACCUGUGACAAGGGCGAGCCCUGUGCAGGCUGCCAGCCGUCUCAUGCUCGGUUGUGGCAGGUGCCUUGCACUCGUAUUGACAUCAAGGAGAUUGGAUAUUUCAUGAAGGACUGGAAGGCCGACUACGAACGCCAUAUAUCCAUGGGCUUCUCGGUUGGUAACAUCAAGGGCUUCUCGGACCAGGAGCGCACGUUAUUCAUUACGCAUGGCUACGGUCAAAUUUUGCCCAUCAAUGCUCGUGAGGUCUACGUCCGCGACGAGCAGUGCUUCACCAUCGACUGGGUCGAGACUAUGCACCGCGAACCCACGCAGUACGAAGUCGAGACUGCCAAACUCUCCGCUGGUAUGGAGGGCAUCUCGCACGCUAUGUUGUCUGACUACCUCGACCGUCACAUUGACGGUAACGGAACUUUUGAGAAGUUCGUCGACGACUACUUUGAGGGCACUCCGUUCUUGACGCAGAUGCUCAAGACUGCCUUCCGCUACUACUACCGCACUAAGCUGCCAGUCAUCCGGAAGGCAUUGAAAUUGAUUAUUGCCUACAACCUGACCUUGCACUGUGCUAUGGCGAGCAUGUGGCGUGAGCUUCAAAAAGAUGUUCUGGAAGAGCUUUCUGCCUUGUACUCCAGUGUGUACAGUGGUGAUAAGCUCAAAAAUUGGCCGACCAUCUUCAUCCUGGCUUCUAUCUUGUUGGCUGUCUGGGAGGAGAUGCAGUUCGACUCCGCCUACCGCACACCGGACCAGGCUGCUGUCGACAAAUUCUGUACCGACAUGGAGACCACCCCCGUCGGUGUCAUUGUUGGUUUGUUCCAAGCAAUCUCACAAAAGCUGCCCCCCUUCACUGAGUGGGACUCGCAAAAACACCACCAGCUGCUGUACUCCAACCCCAACGUAUGCAACACCAUGACCGAGGUUCGCCAGCACGUUGAACAGCACGAGACCUACCUCCGCAGCCGCUCAAGUUCCAAAUUCAACCGCAGCGACUUCGACUGCCUCUCCAACAAAUUCGUCUCCCGACUUGUGAUUCGCGCCAACUAG